AUGUUGAACGUCUUCGUCGGUGGCGGCAGUGUAGUCUUGCCAUACGCCUUCCGGCUGUCGGGGUGGCUUUUCGUUCCGUUGCUACUGGCGGUCGGAGUGCUCAUGGGCUUUACUCUUUGGAUCAUGGGCUUCCUCUUGGAGGCAGUAGACGAACGGGCAGAGCAGAUGGGCGUGCCACGCUCUCAACGUGACUGGGGCCUUAUUGGCUAUGCUGCAUUCGGGAACGUCGGUCGCCUGCUCUUCGCUGGUUGCAUGUUCUUCGACCUCACAGGGGGGGCCUUGGUUCUGGUCAGCAUCGUGAUUGAGCAGCUUCCCUUUUUGCUACCCUUCAGGCAUAAUGUGACGGCCGCUCUUUCGUGUGUAUUGGCCUUCAGCUGUUGCCUGCUUCCCAAGAGAUUCUUCUCAGCAAUGGCAGUGCUGGGCAUGUCUUCCCAGAUUAUGCUGAUCCUUGGGCUCGUGAUCACCGGUGUGGAACUGUCGUCGUUGAAUGAGGUUGCGACAGAUCAGACGGCUCUGAAAGCAGCAGGGGUGCCAUCUGCCUUUGGAAUUGCCCUUCUCUGCUUCCUUGCACACAGCGAGGCUCCUCUCAUCUACCAAAUGAUGGAGGACCGCAAGCAAUGGACAAAGGCCGUGAUCUAUAGUAUGACACUCACAGAGGCUUUCCUCCUGACCUUUGGAGCACUGGGCUAUGGCUUCUUCGGCGGCAGCGUUGCGCAGUCCAUCGCAGACAACAUUGGCCGUGACUUGGAGCUUCAAGUGCUUCCCGGCGGCCUGAAUGUGUUCUUGGGUGCCAUCACAAUCCUUGGCCUCAGCACGAAGCAGCUGGUAACACUGCCUUUGCUCCUGGAUGCCACCACCGACUUGUUCGGCGAGCGGCUUCAGUGGAAAGGUCAGCUGCUGGUGAAGGCCAUCAUCCUGGGCCUCUCGGGCAUUGUUGUCGUGCUUCUCAAGGAUGCCGUUGCUUUCAUUGGGGAUUUGGUCGGCAUCCUGCCUGCGAAUGGUGUUUGCGUCAUCUUUCCUUGCGCCGCUCUCCUGCAGAUGUACGGCCAUGAGAUGCGUAUGUGGCAGCGCAUUGGUGUUCGAGCCUUGGUCGUUGUAUUUAGUUUGUACAGUGUGUUCGGAUCAGUAUCCACUAUUCGGCAGCAGCUUGCCAUGUAA